AUUCUAGCUCAAUCCAUUAUUUUCGAAUGUCCAAACAAAUAUUUGGAAAUUUUUUUUCUCCAUUCUUUGCUUCUCAGUAUAAUCUGUUUUUAUACUUGAAAGCUUUUCUAGACAAGAGAAUGAUAAGUUGAAUGAUAAGCCUUUGUUCCUGAGAGGAAAAUGAUAAGGAACUUUGAUAAAGCUUCAUGACUUAGGGGCGGAUGCAGAAAGACCUCAGUCUAUGACGCUUGACGUACAAGCAACGUGCCUUAAACUUCAGUGCCUGAUGACUCAGUGUGCUUAAGUAACAUGACUUACAUACUUCAAUUCAGUGCAUGAAAAUUCAGUGUGUUCAAAUACAUGGGAUAGUAGGUUAUAUUCGAGGAUGUGCAACGGUUCAAGGAAUCGUCCAGUCGUAUUACUUUUCGAAACAUUCAUUAUCCAUUUAAUGAUUGUAAACAAAAUACUGAAUUGCCGAAUUAAAAUUGUCGCACCCAUACUCAGACUAAUAUCAAGUAUUGAAAAAAUUAAUUACGUAAUUUAAACGUCCGCCUCGUUAUCACUACUUAACCGUCUGUAAAGCCGAAUAGUUUUUCAUUUCGGCAACUAUACAUACUCUUAUCCCCUAGUUUUUCGCAUCUCAAAAAUUAGCUGGCUAUUCAAAUCCCAGGAUUUUCUUAAUUUUUUUUUCAACCAGGAUAUUCGUGUAUUUUAGAAAAUGGCUUCAUCAUAUCAGCGUACUUUUCAUUGCCUCAUCAAAUUAUUAAGUUUAAUACUCGCCGUUAGCUGCAUCAAGUCUUCUAAUGCACCAAAAAAAUCCGAAGUGCUGUCAGAAAUUCAAGUCAACGCUGACGGGCAGAUUGUGUACGGUCCCAAGGCAGAAAUUCCCGCAGACAAACUUUUUCAAGACCCAGCAGCGUUUUGUGAGGGUUGCUAUGGCCUUGUUAUGGAGGUGUCCAAGCUGUUGGACAAAUGGGAGGCCGAGGAAGGUUCGAUGAAAGACCACGUUGACACCGCCUGCUUCACCGCCUGUAACGUCCACAAGCUCAACUCUUACGUCCUGUCGCCGCCCAAGAUGGUCAAGCUCUGCACUGGCAUACUUGGACACUACGAAGAGGCCCUGACGACUUCGCUCCUGCUGGCGUACACGCGGUAUGAGAAGCCGUCGCCUGAGCAGCUGACGAAGAUGGUGUGUAGGGAGGCGGUGCCAGCGUGUAGGACGGGGGUGCAGCCCAUGUCUGUCACCAGAAAGGAAGACAGAAUGAAGAAAGAAAAGGCACAAGAACUGUGAAAAAAUCAACUAUAAACAGUGGUAAUGAAUAAUCAAAAUGUUUGUAUCUCAAAAUGGUGACGAAUGUGCAGUAUACGUGGCCAGUCCAUACGCAUUUUGAAGACAGAAAUAAUUCAUAAACUAUUUUGGGAUAGUUUCAAAGCAACAGUCGUUUUUAUAAAAAUGUAGAAAGAAAAUAUGAAACGAAAUGUGACCAUGAGAAGUAAUGCAGUGUCCACACUUUACGUUAGUGCCGCAUUAAUGAGUAGUGCUUAUAAGGAAACAUCUCUUCAUUAUAAUUAUGGGUGUACGAAGUACCUGUACUGUGAAAAUAACAACUCUGCACAUAGUAGCAACACUAGCUACUCAGGCCAGCCUGGCCAGAUCUUCGAAAUUUACAAAUGAAUUAAUAUCACUAAUUAUGUACUAAUAGUAAUAGAAAUUCCAAGAACAAAAAUUUACACUUAUUUUCAGAGCUUGAAACUGCAUUACACAUUGCCUUGUUUUCAAUAGGAUGCACAAAACUUAAAUUUCCCGAUGUGAACAAUAUAUAGAGUAUGAAGGUAUUAUAUAGUAAAAAAAGCUGACAAUAGUAAAUAAGAAUCACGUCACAGCUGUCUUCAAGCUACCAAAAUAACCCAAAAUAGACACGGCCGCGAGUAGCUUCAGCACUAUGAGCAAAAAUCAAAGGCUAACUUGUCAUGUUUCUAUUUAUAUUGUAACCGUGAUUCAUGAUACUGAAAUAUUUCUCCAGGAAUUCUCGAAUCCCGUUGUUCUACAGGAUAUAAUAUGAAAUGUCUUCAGCUCGCAACAGGAUUUAAACUUCUAUAUUUUCUUGGUUAAAUUAUUGCCCUAAAAUC